AUGACGGCGCUGACGAAGAUGACGGUGGCGCAGCUGAAAGAGGCGUUGAAGGCUCGGGGGUUGGACGUGAGUGGGUUGAAGGCGGCGCUCGUGGCGCGAUUGGAGGAGGCGAUGGCGAAGGAUGAGGACGCCGCGGAGGAACCCGCGGAGGAAGACGCGGCGGAGGAGGAGAAGGAGGAAGCCACCGCCGAGGAGAAGGAGGAUGCGGACGAGGAGUACGCACCAGAAGACGCGGGUGAGGACGACGUGCAGGCGAAGGCGGACGAGAUGGCUGAGAAGGCCAUGGCCGAGCACGCCGCGAGCGAAAAGAAGCGCGAGCGCUCGCCCGAACAAGACUACGCCCCGCCUGAAUCGCAACGCGCGCGCACGGAGAACGUCGGCGCCGGAUCGGACAUCGUCGACGGUGGCCUCACGAGGGAUGGUCACAACUUUGCCAUGUAUAACCUCCCGAAUGGAGAGGUGCGACGGGACGCUCCGACGCAGGGCAACGAAGGUCGCAUCAUCGGGCGCGGAGGCUCGAAGAUCCGAGAGCUUCAAGACCGAUUCCGCGUGCGAAUCACGAUGAACCGACCGGCGGGACUCGCGGAGGUGGUCGGUAUGUUGGCCAACGUGAACGACUGCUGCGACGAGAUCACUCGCAUCGUCGAAGACGGUAACGUUCGCGAGGAAUUGGAACGCGCCGGUCAACCCGUUCCGACCGGCUCGUUCAGCUCAUACGGCGGUCAACCGAUGCGCGGUGGCGCGGUCGGUGUUGGUGGAGGCGGCCCGUGGAGCGGUUACAACGAAAGAGUUCCGUGCGAAGGCCAAGAGGGUCGCAUUAUCGGUCGCGGCGGAGAAAAUAUUCGUCGCGUCGAGUCCCAAACUGGCACUCGUGUCAGAAUGAAUCGUCAAGAAAACGUUGCCGAGGUGUAUGGCACUCCGCAGCAAUGCGCGGAGGCCGUCCGUAUGAUCCAAGAGUACAUCCACACGGCGCCGCAGCGCGGCGGCGGCGGAUUCGGCAGUGGAUACCAGCAGCAAGGAUACGGCGGCGGCUACCAGCAGCAAGGAUACGGCCAGCAAGCGUAUGGUGGCGGUGCGUACCAGCAACAAGGCUACGGUCAACAGGCGUACGGUCAACAAGCGUACGGCGGUGCGGCACCAGCGGGCGGGCCGCUCCCGCACGGAUGGGAAGAAGUAAAUCCGGGUAACGGUGGUCCAGUCUACUACUGGAACACCGUUACCAACGUCACUCAAUACGAGCGCCCGACGAACUAG